AUGGGUCUUGACACCAGAUGUGCCGGGCUGGGCAUGGCCUCCCUCUGGCUCAGCCCCACUGUAGCAGGGGAUCGGCAGAUGUACUGCAUCCUGGCUGGCAACUGGACCAGAGCCUCUUCUGCACUAACAAUCAGCAUCUCUAUGCCACGAUGUGCCCAGGUCGCCCUCCAGCUGCAGGGUGACCCUCAAGGGAAGGAGGAGGUUCUGCUCUUGGAUGCCAAACUCAAGAGCUGUGUGACUUUUGAGGAGAGCCUCUACGGCUCCAUAUGUGAAAUGGGGGGACAGCUGGCCCUACCAGGUGGGGCUGCUAAGGAGUUCAACCUGAUCCUUUCCAGGAAAGAUGAAAAUACCUCCUGGCCCUGCCUCCCUUUCAGCGUCCAGAGCUUUGUGCUGCUGAGGAUGAAGGAAACAGGAGCUUACACUUGCCUCUUGGGUGUGCCCUCUGGGCUUGCGGCAGGCUUGGGAGGGACUCCAGGACCCUCCUGGCUGGCGGGAACAGAGCUGACAGGGCCCUGGGGCCACCCUCCCUGCCAGUUAGAGGGGAGGAGGUUCCUCACACCAUCGGGUCCAAAUCUGGCCCAGCUCGGGUGGACCGGGUGGUGGCUGCCCACCCUGGUUCCCGAGGUGGAGGUUGGGGAGACCCAGCCGGCCCCGCCCAUACCUUCCCUCCUGGUCCCGCCCACCCACCUUGGCCCCGCCUCGUCCCUCCCUCGCUCCCAUUGGCCCAGCCUCCCCAGGCCCGCCCCUUCGCGCUCCCGACAUAUAAAAGCCCCCCGCCCCGGCCUUCCGACCUCCACUCGCCGCGGGCCUGCGAGCGCCCGCCCCUCGCGGGGGCCGGGCCGCGGGGACGGGGGCGGGUGGUGUCGUUCCAGCCGGGCCCCGGCCCCCUCCCCCACGGUCCAGACAGUCGCCGCCGCCAUUUUGACCGCCCGCCCCUUUCCCCCGGACUGUGAUUACAGAGACACCCGCCGCCCCGGCCCCGCCGCCCACCCCGGCCCGGCCAACCACCCCGGGGCCGCCCUGGUUACCUCCGCUUCUCCCCACUUCUGUCUGCGGAAAGGCUUUUCGGAGUUACGUCACGCGCCGGGGGCGUGGCCCGGGGUGAUUGGCGGCGGUCGGAGAAGUGAUUGGACGGCGCCAGGCCUUGCCCCUAAACUAUUGGUUCCGAUGCACGCUUUUCAACACCCUCUCGACUUCCCGGCGAUCUGAUUCAUCGGUAUGAAUGUCCAUCAAAAGAAACUGAACCCUCAAAGGCAGCCGGGCCCGUCACUCCGGCAGGGAAGUAGCUGGCUAAGAAUAAAGGGGUGGGACUCGUGAGGACGGGAUUGGGUUGCCGCCGUAAAACUGGCCUGGUUCGACUAAAGGGACAUCAAUCUACCAAAGGUUUGCCGCGCUCUCUGGCUGGAGGCCGUGCGCAUGUUCGGCACGCAAGGCCGAUUGGGAGUUGUAGUCCGCUCCUGGGUACACUUUACAUGUCUUACCAAAUUAAAAAGGCGAGAAAGGCA